ACGUGAUCGUGAAGCCGCCGAGUCGCCGCCAUGAGCAAGGCUCACCCCCCGGAGCUGAAGAAAUUUAUGGACAAGAAGUUAUCAUUGAAAUUGAAUGGUGGCAGACAUGUCCAAGGAAUACUGUGAGGAUUUGAUCCCUUUAUGAAUCUUGUGAUAGAUGAAUGUGUGGAGAUGGCAACAAGUGGACAACAGAAUAAUAUUAGAAUGGUGGUAAUACGGGGAAAUAGUAUCAUCAUGUUAGAAGCCUUGGAACGAGUAUAGACAGCGGUUGUUCAGAAGUCAAAAUGCUUUCAUAUGUUCUUCAUUGUAUCUUUCUAUGAUAUAAAAUUGGGUUGUGUACGUUUUUUGAAUGUUUUUGUUAAGUAAAUUUUUAUAACAGUCAAAAAAAAAAAAAGAA